UAAAAAUAUAAAAUAUUAAAAAAACAAAAAAUGAAGCCAAUAAUGCAAAUUUAUACAAAACAAAAUCUUAUUAAAAAUCAAUUUUUAAUAUUAAUAAGAAAUAUUUCAAAAAAUCAAUCAUAUUUAAAUUCUACAUCAGCACAAUCAGCAUCAUCAUCAUCAUCAUCAUCAUCAUCUGAUGAUUUAAUAUUAUCGAAAAAAUUAUCACAAUUAUCAAUUGAUAAUAAUGGUAUUGCAUCACUUAUAUUACAAUCAUCACCAGUUAAUGCAUUAGGUAUUGAUCUAUUUCGUGAAAUGAAAGAAAGUUUACAAAUAUUAGAAAAAGAAAAACCAAAAGGAUUAAUAUUAAAAUCGAAUAUUAAGACAAUAUUUUCAGCAGGAUUAGAUUUAAAAGAACUUUAUCAACCAGAUCAAGAUAGAAUUAAAAUUUUAUGGAAUUUAUUACAAGAUGUUUGCGUUGGUUUAUAUUCAGCUAGUUAUCCUACUGUUGCUGCAAUGAAUGGUCAUUCAAUAGCUGGUGGUUGUGCAUUAGCAUUUGCAUGUGAAUAUCGUGUUAUGUUACCAAAAUUUAUGAUUGGUUUAAAUGAAACAAGAGUUGGUUUACAUAUACCAAAAUGGUUAAUAGCAUCAACAAAAAAUAUAUUACCAAGAAGAUUAGCUGAAGCAGCAUUACUUGAAGGUCGUCUAUUUACAACAUGUGAAGCAUUAAAAUUUGGUUUAAUUGAUGAAAUUGCUAAAGAUGAUGAUGAUUUAAUUCAAAAAUCACAAAUAUUUUUUAAUAAAUUUAAUAAAACCGAAAGUUUAGCUAGAGCAACAACAAAACAAUAUUUUCGUAUACAAGAUAUUGAAGAAUUUAAAGCAUUUAGAAAAGAAGAUUUAGAAACGUUCCUUUUUAUUGUUAAUCAAGAGAAAUUUCAAAAGAAUUUAGGAAAAUAUUUAACAGAUUUAAAAAAUAAAAAGAAAUAAAAAUUGA